GGUGCGUGGGUGCUGGCCCAGAGAGGUUGCUCUUUCUUGUGCAGGGUGGUAAGGGAGUGAGCCAGGGGGAAAUCUGGGGGAAGACCGCCCUGGGCAGGGGGAACAGCCAGUGCAAAGGUCCUGGGGGAGGAACAUGCCUGGCGUAUUUGAGGAGCCGUGAGGGGGGCCAGUGUGGCUGGAGCAGAGUGAGUAAGGGGGUGAGGGGGAGGAGAUAAGUCCAUAGAUGACAGGCGGCCCAGUUGUAUAGGAUUCUUUGCCCACCUGCCUAAUAAAUAAUAAGUUAUCCCAAAUAAUUUGGCUAAUGAAUUAACUGGACCUUUAUCAUGUUUGGACCCUCCCCCUGAGGAUCUGAAAAAAGCUCUGGCCCUUCUUCCCAGAAAAAUGCAUUCCCAAUUUUUCACACAAAAUUCAGAGUGUUCCCAGAUGCCUCUCCAACCCAGGCCAUGACUCGCCCCACUCCAGUGCUGUCUGCUUGCCCUCUGCUCUCCUGCGCAGGUCCUGGACAAGCACGGGGACAUCUGUGGGCGGGAGCGGAUCGCCGAGCUGCUGGGCAUGGAUCUGUCCACGCUGGAGAUCACAGCGCACAGUGAACGCAAGCCUGAGCCACCGCCGGGGCUGCUUACCUGGCUCAUGUCCAUCGGCGUCAAGUACCAGAUCUGGAAGUUCGGGGUCAUCUUCACCGACAAUUCUUUCCUGAACCUGGGCUGGUACAUGGUGAUGUCCCUCCUGGGGCACUACAACAACUUCUUUUUCGCUGCUCACCUCCUGGACAUUGCCAUGGGGGUCAAGACACUGCGCACCAUCCUCUCCUCCGUCACCCACGAUGGGAAACAGCUGGUGAUGACCGUGGGCCUCCUGGCGGUGGUGCUCUACCUGUACACCGUGGUGGCCUUCGACUUCUUCCGCAAGCUCUACAACAAGAGCGAGGACGAGGACGAGCCUGACAUGAAGUGUGACGACAUGAUGACGUGUUAACUGUUUCACAUGUACGUGGGUGUCUGAGCUGGUGGGGGCAUUGGGGACGAGAUUGAGGACCCAGCAGGUGAUGAAUAUGAGCUGUACCGGGUGGUCUUCGACAUCACCUUCUUCUUCUUUGUCAUCGUCAUCCUGCUGGCCAUCAUCCAGGGUCUGAUCACUGACGCUCUUGGUGAGCUCCGAGACCAACAACAGAAAGUGAGGGACGAUAUGGAGACCAAGUGCUUCAUCUGCGGCAUCAGCAUCGGCAGCGAUGACUUUGAUACGACACUGCAUGGUUUCGAGACCCACCUGCUAGAGGAGCACAACCUGGCCAAUUACAUGUUUUUCCUGAUGUGUCUGAUAAACAAGGAUGAGACAGAACACACGGGUCAGGAGUCUUAUGUCUGGAAGAUGUACCAAGAGAGAUGUUGGGAUGUCUCCCCUGCUGGUGAUUGUUUCCGCAAGCAGUAUGAGGACCAGCUUAGCUGAGACACCCA